GCGCACGCCGGGCGGGCUGAGAGGAUGACAAGAUGGCGACAGCGAUGUACCUGGAACAUUACCUGGACAGUAUUGAAAAUCUUCCUUGUGAACUUCAGCGGAUCUUCCAUCUGAUGCGGGACUUGGAUCAGAGAACUGAAGAUAAAAAGGUAGAGAUCGACAAAUUGGCAACUGAAUAUAUUUCAAACGUCAAGAGCCUGUCCUCGGAUCAACGAGUGGACCAUCUGAAGAAGAUUCAGCUAGCCUACAAUAAAUGCAGAGAAUAUAGUGAUGACAAAGUGCAGCUAGCAAUGGAGACAUAUGAAAUGGUGGGUGGUCUAUUGGACUGCAGGGGAAUCUAAGGUGCAUUCAUUUUUGAUUCGGAGUAAAAAGGCAGGACUUUCCCUCAAAAGUACAGUAAAACUCUGGUAAUCCGGUGUCCAAUUAUUCGGAGGUCCUGAUUAUUCAGCAACUGGCUCACUCAUUAGCAUCAGGAACUGAAUGAGUCUUUUCUAGUCUGUUUCGACAUUUUCUGCGCUGCCAAAUGCCAAGUGCAUUGCUGAGUGUUGUUUAGUUUACGCCGUAUCUUUAUUUUUUCAAGCCACCCUCAAUUCAUAAUGGAUUUUAAUAUGAGUAAUGAUGGUAGGGAUGGUAAAAGUGUAAAAAGGAAGCAUGUGACUCUAACAAUACAUCAGAAAUUGGAGAUCAUUAAACGGCUUGAGGAAGGUGAGAAUCGUCAUGUUAUCAUGGGAGAAUACAACAUUGGAUCAUCUACAAUAUAUGACAUCAAGAAACGGAAAGGCGAAUUGCAGUUAUUUCUAGCUGAGUCUGAUACCACUAAAGGAAUUGAUGCACGGCAUACCUUGAAAAAGCCAAAGUUGUCUCAGUUAGAUUCCGCUUUGUAUAAGUGGUUUCUUACUAAGCGUUCUGAAGGGAAGCAAAUAACUGGACCUAUGCUCAUUGAAAAAGCAAAAGACUUUCAUCAGGAAAUGAAGCUAACUGAGCAAUGCGCAUUUUCUGAAGGUUGGCUUCGUAACUUUAAAGAUCGUCAUGGUAUUCGUAAGCCGUCUGUUUCAGGAGAGCCCAAGUCAGCUAAUCAUACAUUUGCAGAGGACUUUGGUGAAUUUUUUAAGCCUUUAAUUCAGAAACAUAAAUUGUCACCCGACCAAGUUUACAAUGCGGAUGAAACAGGGCUAUUAUGGCGCUGUUUGCCAAACAGUAUGUUAGAUGGUGGAGAUGAAAAAUGUGCUCAGGGUUUUAAACGAAAUAAGGACAGGAUCGCAGUCCUUGUUUGUGGUAAUGCUUCUGGUAGACAUAAACUGAAACUUUUUGUUGUUGGUAAAUACAAGAAGUCUAGAGCUUUCAAUGGUAUCACUUAUUUACCCGUUGUCUAUGAUGCUCAAGAAAAUGCCCGGAUGACUGCGGAGCUCUUCAAAGAGUGGUUUUUUCAUCAUUUUGUUCCAGAGGUCAAAGAAAAUUUUAAAAGGCUGGGCUUGCCUGAAGAUAGUACAGCUAUUCUUCUAAUAGAUAAUUGUAAGGCACACCAUCCUGCUUCAGAACUUGUUUGUGGCAAUAUUUCUGCUGAGUACCUGCCUGCCAGUGUCACAUCACUCAUCCAACCAAUGGAUCAGGGGGUAAUUCAGAGAUUCAAAACUGCUUACAAGGGAUCUUUCAUUCGCAAAUUGCUGAAUUCUAAUUGCAUUGUACAAGAUUUUCAAGCUUCAUUUAAUCUUAAAGAUGCUAUUUAUGCUGCAGCUUUAGCAUGGAAGGAUGUCUCAAGUAUAAUCUUGCAAAGAUCGUGGAGGAAAAUAUGGCCUAGUGUAAAAUUUGGGCGAUAUUAUUUAAAGGAAGAAGAGUUUGAGGGAAUCAGUGCUAGACAAACUGGACUCGGAGACAUUUUGAAAAUAAUGGAAGAGGCUCCAACUGAGAAUCCUGUCAGCAAACUUACAGAAGAAGAAAUGGAGGAAUGGUUUGAUGAAGAUGGGGACCCAGAAGUAGUUGAAAUUGUAACAGAUGCACAGAUAAUUGACAUGGAUUUUAAUCUUAAUAAGGUCAAGGUAAUGGAAGAAGAGGAAAAUUAUGAGGGACAAGAAGGAGGAACUAGAUACACCUGGCAUCAGGCUACAGAAUUUAUAACAAAGUUUGUGGAAUUUGCAGAGUACAACAGCCAGUACAGUGCUGCAGAAGUAAUGAACUUGCAUAUUAUACUGAACAAUUUCUAUGAGAAAAAAGCAGCAUCAAAUAAACAGGCAGACCUCAGAGACAUGUUCAAGAAAGCAAUCAAGAAAGCAGGUCCCUGUAGCCCUACUCCUUCGACUUCUUCUACACCAGAUCUAAUUAUUGUUUCUGAUAUCAAGCCUAAGACUGAAUAUUGAAGACAACCUUGAUGACCAAUUGCUUGUGGCUGAUUAGUAGUGCAGCUGGUUUGAAGGAUUUAAUUUUUCUCUAUUUUAUAAGUACAGUACUGUACAUUAAGCAGAACUGAAAAUGUGUAUUUUUAUGUAUGAUCACAGUACUGUAACUUAUUACGAACUGAAAAUAGUUUAAGUUGUGAUUGAUGGAUAAGUACAGUAUACACUAUUGUUUAAAUGCUGUUAAAUAAGUUUCAUACUAAUAUGCUGCCAUGGAUAACUUCUGAAGUCAUCUCUACAAUAUUGGUGAGUAGACCGUGGUGCUGUACAUUAUAUGGAAUUUAUUGCUUUACUAUCAUUACUUUAUUAUGGCAAAUCAGUACAGUAUUACAAUAUUUUGUAGCCCACAUUAAAUUAGAUAAAGUAUAUGUAUUUACUGUAUUACAAAUAUUAUGCUACUGUGUAACGUGUAAAAAAAAGUGAAAUAAAAGCGUGUUGGUGUAACAUACAAUGGUCCGGAAAAUCUGCUCGUCCAGCACCACCAAACCCCUGAGGUGCCAGAUUAUCUGAGUUUUACUGUAAAUAGCUACCACGUACAAAAUCUUCGAAAGUACAGGGUUUGAUGGCCAAUGAUUUAAUCAUGGAACAUGCAAUGAUAAAAACCUUAAGGAAUACUUCCUUAAUAUAAGAGGUCUAUAUCUGGCAUUUUCCCAAGUCCUAACAGACAUUACAUGAAACAGAAAAAAAGCAGAUUUCAUGAGUGUAAUACCUACACACAUUUUCUGAGCAUUUACAAGAGCGCUGUAAACAAAAUUUGACAUGCACAAGGAGAUAUUAAGCCCGAUUAAAAUUAUAAGUUUUACGAAGCAAUUUAUACAAGAAAAGAGAUGGGGAGAUGUAGGGAAGACUUUCAAAAGCCUGGGGGAUCGACAGCUAAAAUCAUAGCAGUAGUGAGAAUGAUAAAAUUCAGAUAUGAUUCAGGCCAGAAUUGAAACAUAUUCAUAUCCUAAGGAGUUGUAGGGUUGGAGGAGAAUACAGAGAUGGGGAAGGACAAGACCUUGUAAGAAUUUGAAAGCAUCAGAGAUUAUGAGAAUUUUAGAAGCACAAUGUUGCUUAAUUGACAACUAAUUCAGGUCAGCAAGAAUGGAGUUAAUGGGUGAACUGAGUUAGGACAAGGGGCAGGGGGGGAAGCAGAAGAUUUUUGUUUAACUUAUCGUAGUUCAUGGAAGGUUGAGUGAGGGGGGAUGCUAAGAGUGCAUUGGUUAGUUAAUCGAGAGGAAAAGCCCUGGAUGAGUGUUACACCAGUAGUUGAGCUAAAGCAAUUGUGCAAUUGGAUUGUGAAUGUGUGGCAAAGAAUAACACCAGGGUAAAAACUGCCUGGUUCAAUCAAAUGGUUGCCAAGGUGAGGGAUAGUGGGUGGCUCCAGAAUGGAAUUGUAACAUGUGCUGUUGUAUUUGUUUUGUUUUUCUUCCCUUCUGUGGCUAUAAAAUUUCUACUCUUCUAGUAGUGGAUGUUAAACAAAUAGUAAUUUGGUAGGAUAUUUUCGCUUGAAUGGCCAUGAGGUAGAGCAGAAUGUCAUCACUGCAUUUGUAACCUGAUACGGUGUUAAUCAGAUGAUGUUGAGGGGAGAGCUACUGAUGAGAAGUAGAUGGGCGAGGUACAGGAUAUUUCAGGUUUGGUAGGCAGCAGAGAUAUGGCAGGUGUGGGAAGAGAAGCCAGAGGUGUGGGAAGGGAAGCCAUUGCAGUGAUUCUCUGGCAGCAUAAAUAAGAAUGGAAUCAUAUGACUGCAAUCCCACCCAGAUGGAUGGCCGAUAUGUUUUGGAGGAGGAAGUUCCAGUCAUUUAAAUAAAGAUUGAAAGCAGAGAAGAAGAACGAGGAGGCUUCAGUUACCUGUAUCAGGAUUACAUACAGGCUCAAUCGAAAUUUUGAUAAGGCUUAUUUUAGUCUUGCAAUUGGGGCUUAAACUUGAAUAGAGAGAUUCAGCCAAUGAGUUCAAAAAAGGCUUGGUGUGAAUUAAGAAGAUAGUGUACAGGUAAUGGAGAUUAGAUAUGGGAAUGAAGUGAAAUGAGGUAAAGUGUUAAUUCGUGAUGAGGGAUUAUAUUGUCAGUCUGCAAGAAAUAGACAAAAUCUGACGAGAGAAAAUUAAUAAUGUUGUCAAUUAACAAGGGGGCCAGGAGGGGAAUGUGGGUAGUCAGAUAUUCAGUGGAAAACAUUUUAAAUUGACACAUUAAAACAGUUUGGAAAUAGUAAAACAACAUUAUCCUAAGCAGACAGGUCACAAAUAACUAGAGAUGUAGUACGUUUAUCUCGACAUCAACAUUUCUCCUAAAUAGAGUAGCAGCUAUUCACUUCAUCUUUAUUCACUUUCUGUUUUCUGCAACACUGUUUCAAAGCAAUUGCCUUUUCAGUUCUCAGGACAGCUCAGAAUCAAAAGUGGCAU